AUGGAGAGAGCACCGCACUCGGCCGGCGAGGUGCUGUGGCAGCGGAGGUUUCCACGUGGUAGCCCAGUAGGGUUCAACAGUGAAGCGCAGCACUGGUGCCACUGGCGGGCGGAACUUUAUGUGGUGGCUGCAGCAAGUGCUUGGCUUGACACAUCCGCCUCAGCUGUUCGCUGCAAGUCCUGUCGAGCCAUAUGCUGCCUUGCCACUGACUUGCAGACUGUGUCGCCAGCACCGGGUUCGAUGUGUGACAGCGACGGCUUUCCGGAUUCCCACGCCUGGUUCCUUCUUACUCCGAGCGAGACUGUCUGCCGCAAACGGCUUGAAAGUUCCCCUGAUCUUGUCCGGCUUUGUUUGGAUCCUGCCGAGGUGCAUGUAGCAGUUUGUCUGACAUGCGAGGCCAAACUUGGGUGGGCUUUCAAGAGGACAUCAGCUCACAUUCUGCGUAUCGCCGAGGCUGCAGUACCACCGUGGGAAUUGCCUCAGCAACGGGUGCCUGGUGGGAUUGACGUGCGGUUCCAUGGAGCUGGUGAUGAAGUUGAGGUCGCGUGGUGCACUAGAACGCGCACCUGGCACACCCGCGUGGGGGCUACAGUCUCCGUCAGCGUCCAAUGCAGUGAAUCAAACGAGGGCCAUGCGCAAAGGAUGGGCUCUGCAUUUUUUACCUUCCCUUUCAGCUUAAGGGCGCCGGACUCACAUUUCAUGGCUGGCAAUUUGGAAAUUAGUGCAGUGGCGGCGUGCGCCGCACAGUUUCAAGAAGAUCCAAAACGCCACCGUUCCGAAGCAUUUCCUUUGCAGGCAUCACUCCCGGACUCUGGUCAUUUCCUUGGCCCAUGGACUGGAAGGGAAUGUGGUGAGACGAGCUUCCACGCCCGAUGGUCUUCUGGCUCGCAGAGUUCCAAACGCAGUGCUGUGCGUGUGUUUGCCAAUGCGGCUUCAAUUUGUGUGCAUCCUCUCUGGGAGGAGGCGCAUGUUGGGCACUGUGAGCUUGUUAUGGGGGAGAUGGAGAUAGAGCCUGGCAGUGAUCCCGAGAGACGUGUGACCUGGAACUUGAGAUGUGGCGUUCGGCUGAGUACAGAGUCGCAGCAUCUUUGCUGCCCGAGCAGGGUGGGGCAAGUGGAGGCUGAUCCGACAGGCCAGAGUUUUCAUGGCAUCGGUCCCGACGCAGCGCGCUGGUUUCCUGCUGUCAGUUAUGUCGAUCGCCUCAAUGUCGGCCUCGGGACAGUCAGGCUGGAGACCGUAAGAGCAUUCAUCGACAUCAACGAUGGCAUGAUCUGGUACUCCCUCAAAAUUCAAGCUUUGCCCGUCCAGCUGUCUCUAAGCCUGAUGGAGAGAGGCUGCCAGGUCAACGGAAGUCCACGCAUCCUCGACCCCCCGCAUGUACUGCGCAAACCGCUUUGCCUCGUCCCGCUGGUGCCACGAGACCCCUGUGCGGACCGGACUGCAAGUGGGGCAAGCGGGCAGAUAGACGGCCAGGAGUCUAAGCAGCCUUGGGUCCCUGAGGAUAGCAAAGAUUUGGCCGCUUGCCAUGCCCACGCUGGUUGCAAUGGGCUUCGGAUGGACCUCUCCGAGACUUGUCCGGGUGAAACUCGGACGACGGAGGAGACGGCCAGUGGCGACGGUGGCGACGUGCAGCUUUUUCGUGUCCGUGUGCGGCGACCUGCUUCAAUGCGCUCGCAGCGGAAGGACGCGCGGGCAGAGCUGUCGUCGCCUCUGAGCGACACUUCUCGUCCCCGAAGCCCUGCAAGCCCAUCGGCAAAUGCAUGGGCAGAGAAGUCAGAGAAGCCGGCACAGAUUCCAAUCGUCGACUGCCAGCAGCCAACAGCUGCAGGAUUCAGUUUGCCCCUCGAAAAUAUCGCAGUACCUCCUGGUCGGUAUAUGCCUGCGCAGCCACUUCCAAGCCAAAACGUCGUGGUGCGCAGAAAGAACAAGAGCAAAAGCCCAUCAAAGAAGCACAAGCACGGUCGUCGAUGGGCAGAAUCAUGA